UAGCCGGUUUCCAAUUUUAUCAUUCAAUUUGAGUUCCUCACCGGAGCAGCGUCAAAGUCAACGGCCGUCUGAUUCUUUUUUAUCUCCUCACCCAAAAGUACAAAAAGAGCGAUUCACCGUCACCGUUAUCAAUCCCGAAUCACUAGCCGAGACGAUGGUGAGACCAUCAAUCGCCACGUGUGAUCCAAGCGCACGACCUUGUUUAGCGACGCGUGGCUCGCUACCUCGUAGCCGUACUUGUGCGUCGCUUCUAUUCCUCUGCCUCCUCCUAGGUUUAACGGUCUUUUGUACCGACGCAAAUCCUUCUGACUCGAAGCUUCUCUGCUACAGUAACAUCACUCUAACUGAACUACCAGAUAAGACUAUGGAAGCUAAGUGUCUCCAGAGCAUGUUUGAGUUGAUUGAUUCUGGAUUCUUCAAUGAAACUAAAAUACAGGAGAUUGCAAAGGGAGCUACUGAAAUGAAUAUUCCUAUAUAUCGAGCCAACCGGAAACUAGUCGCUACUAAGAAUGGUGGGUUGGAAAAUCCAUCCCCGCUGGUGUUUAAUCCGUCUUGGAACAGAGAAGUUCGACGAGUACAAGGCAAGAGAUUCAAAUACCCUUCAGCAUCCGGAGUAAAACUCCCUAGAGAUGAAGAAGAUAUCGCAUUCAUGAGCGUUCUUGAACUCGGAGAACUUAUAAAGACGAGACAAGUUACUUCAGAGGAACUCGUUCGGAUUUAUCUCAAGCAGUUAAAACGGUACAAUCAUGUUCUUGAAGCGGUAGUUACUUAUACAGCAGAGUUGGCAUACAAACAAGCGAAAGAAGCUGAUGAUUUACUCUCGCAAGGAACUUAUCUCGGACCUCUUCACGGGAUUCCAUAUGGUUUAAAGGAUACAAUUGCGGUUCCCCGAUACAGAACAACAUGGGGUUCAACUUCUUUUAAAGACCAAGUUCUUGAUAUUGAAGCAUGGGUUUACAAAAGAUUAAAAGCUUCAGGUGCAGUUUUAGUAGCAAAGCUCGUUGCGGGUUCUAUGGCUUAUGAUGAUAUCUGGUUCGGGGGACGGACUAGGAACCCGUGGAAUAUCGAGGAAUUCUCUACCGGGUCAUCAGCUGGACCCGCUGCAUCAACAUCGGCUGGUAUGGUUCCUUUUGCUAUAGGCUCGGAGACAGCAGGCUCAAUAACAUACCCUGCAGCGCGGUGUGGCGUGACAGCAUUGCGUCCGACAUUUGGGAGCGUUGGUAGAACCGGAGUGAUGAGCAUAUCCGAGAGCCUGGAUAAGCUUGGACCAUUCUGUAGAACAGCAGCGGAUUGCGCUGUAAUCCUUGACGCUAUCAAAGGGAAAGAUCCCGAUGAUCUCUCAUCUAGAGAGAUAGCGUUUGAAGAUCCCUUCUCCGUGGAUAUCACAAAACUAACAGUUGGAUAUACAAAAGAUGCUGACAUGAAGGUGGUGGAAGUUCUUAGGUUGAAAGGUGUCAAUAUGGUUCCUUUUGAGCUAAAUUAUACAGUGGAAUCGGUUCAAGGGAUAUUGAAUUUCACAAUGGAUGUAGAAAUGUUAGCUCAUUUUGAUGAAUGGCAAAGAGCCGGUCAAGACGAUCUCUUUGAAGCUCAUGAUCAAUGGCCGGUUGAGUUACGCCGUGCUCGUGUAGUUACAGCAGUAGAUUACAUUCAGGCCCAGAGAGCUCGUGGUAAGUUGAUUCGAGAAGUGGAGAAGAGCUUUACGGUCGAUGCGUUUAUUGGAAAUGUGACCGAUUGGGAGAAAGUCUGUAUGGGAAACCUAGUCGGUUUACCAGUUCUAGUGAUUCCGACAGGUUUCAAGAACAUAUCGGAUCCACCAACCAACAGUUGCCGGAGAAGGACAACGAUCAAUGCCGGAAUUUAUGCCCCUCCAGAACAUGAUCACAUUGCUUUGGCAUUGGGUAUGGCGUACCAAUCGGUUACCGAUGCACAUAGAAAGCGACCGCCUAUUGAUGAUCUUGGACCUGAUGACUCGAUACCGAAUCCGCCUCGGGCUUUAAUCCCUCCCCGUAGGUUACACAUUUGAGUUUUUUCCAAUCGUUUUUGUUACAUUAGGAAAUAGUCAAACCAAUGUUGUGUGUUUUGUUUAGAAAGAAGUUAUGUUAUAGUAACAUAUUGUUCUGUCUCAAUGAGUUAUCAAGUCAUUGUUAUGAAAUGAACAUAUGGUUGGGACCAUUUUUGGCGAUCAUGCUUCGCGGUGGCUAUAAAUUAAUACAUUGGGAUUUUGUCUAA